AUGCUGAUAUUGCUGCUGCUCCUGCUUGGGACUGGGUCCCUGGCUCAGGAUGCCAGAUUCAGGCUGCGAUUGCAAAGUCCCGUGAAGGUGGAGGAAGGGCUGUGCAUUCAAGUGCCCUGCACUGUCUUCUACCCCCAACAAGGCUGGGAUGACUCUACCCCUGCUUACGGCUACUGGUUUCGUGACAGGGAUGAUGUGAACAGAGAUGCUCCCGUGGCCACAAAUAACCCAAAUAGAAAAGUGCAGGAAAAUACCCGGGGCCGAUUCCACCUCCUCGGAAACCCCCAGAUCCAGGACUGCUCGCUGGAAAUCAAAGAUGCGCAGAAAAGUGACAUGGGGGCAUAUUUCUUUAGACUGGAGAGAGGCCCUUUGGUUAAAUACAAUUUCCUAGAUAACCUGCUCUAUGUACGCGUGAUGGCCCUGACACAAACAUCAACCAUCCACAUGGAAGGGAGCCUGAAAUCUGGACAAUCCAAGAACAUAACCUGUACAGCACCGUGGGCCUGUAAAGGGGGGACUCCCCCCAGCUAUACUUGGAUUGGGGUGGCUCUCACAUCCCUGGGCCCCGAGACUGCUCACUCCUCGGUGCUCACCCUCACCCCAGAGCCACAUCACCAUGGUACCAGCCUCACUUGUCAAGUGAUCCCCUCUGGAGCAGGUGUGACCCUGGAGAGCACCAUCCAACUCAAUGUGUCCUAUGCUCCGGAGAACUUGACCCUCCAUGCCUUUCAGGGAAGCAGCCCAGUUCCAGAGGUUUUGAGCAAUGCCACCUCACUGCAAGUCCCAGAAGGCCAGUCCCUACGUCUGGUCUGUGAGGCUGACAGCAACCCUCCUGCUCAGCUGAGCUGGUCCAGAGGGAGCCUAACACUAAGUCCCUCCCAGCCUUUGAAUCCAGGGGUCCUGGAGCUUCCCCGCGUGGUUCCUGGGGAUGGAGGAGAAUUCACCUGCCGGGCUCGGCACCUGUUGGGCUCCUAUGAGGUCUCCCUGAGUCUGGUUGUGUCAGGCGUCUCCUCUACCUGCCCCGGUGUCUCUGAGGAACAGGGUGGCACCUGGCCUCUCGUCAUCACCCUGCUCAGGGGGGCCAUCAUGGGCGCUGGCUUCCUUUUGACCUACGCCAUCACUUGGAUCUACUACAUCAGGUUCAGAGGCUCCCAAGGAGACAAGGAUGCAAAGUCUGGCUGA